AUGUUCAUCUAAAAGUCACCGCCACAGAACUCUUAAAGAAAAUGGCACAGGCAACAGUUAAUAGGCCACAGGAAGAGGAUACGAAGUCGUUUAGGCUGUUGAGUGGGCAUACCAUUCCAGCCGUUGGAUUCGGUACUUGGAGAUCUGGUGCAGAAGCUACCAACUCGGUGUUCACUGCCAUCGUGGAGGCUGGUUACAGACACGUAGAUACAGCUCCCGAGUAUGGAAUUGAAGAAGAGGUUGGGCACGCUCUGCAAGCUUCCAUGCGAGCAGGAGUUGAAAGAAAAGAUCUCUUCGUCACCUCCAAGCCAUGGUGCUCAGACUUGUCCCCAGAUAGAGUUCGAACUGCUUUAAAAAAUAGCCUUGAAAUGCUUCAGCUAGACUACCUCGAUCUCUAUUUGAUUCAUUGGCCUUUCCAUCUAAAACAAGGUGCAAGUAAGCCUCCAAAACCUGGUGAUGUAUUGGAGUUUGAUAUGGAAGGUGUUUGGAGAGAAAUGGAGAAACUUGUCAAGGACAACCUUGUUAAAGACAUUGGAAUUUGCAAUUUCACAAUCAACAAGCUUCAGAAGCUUCUGAGAUUUGCUCAAACUAUGCCUUCGGUUUGUCAGAUGGAGAUGCAUCCUGGUUGGAGAAAUGAUAAGAUGCUUGACUUUUGCAUGGAGAAUGGCAUCCAUGUGACUGCCUACUCACCGCUGGGGUCAUCAGAAGGAGGAAGGGAUAUGAUACACGAUCAGACGGUUGAAAUAGUAGCAAAGAAACUGAACAAGAGCCCAGGGCAAGUGCUAGUGAAGUGGGGCCUUCAGAGAGGGACGAGUGUGAUCCCAAAAUCAAGCCACCCAGAAAGGAUAAAAGAGAACAUAAAGGUAUUCGGGUGGCAAAUCCCAGAGCAAGAUUUCAUUGCUCUUUCUACCAUCUUAGAGCAGAAACGAGUAUUGGACGGUGCAGAUCUGUUUGUGAGCAAGAGCUGCGGCCCCUUCAAGAGCGUAGCUGAUUUGUGGGACGAUGAGGACUAGAAUUGCACCACCUGAUGGGUUCUUUUAAGUGGCCAGCCCUACUGAGCCUUAGGGCUUUCCUCUUUCUUUUCCCCCUUUUUUUUUUUUAAUAAAAAAUAUUGAACUCGAAUGUCAAAAUUUCUUUCCUGCA